GGAGCAGAGCUCCAGUGUUAAGAGAGAGAGUGAGAGAGAGAGCUCAGUGACUGUGAAACAUGGCGAGGGGGCCGAGGGGAAGGUUGCUGCUCGGUGCUGUCCUGCUCCACUUCGGACAGCUGGUCCUCGGCCGAGAGGCACCAGACAAACUCAACGGCUUCAGCCUGCACCCGCCCUACUUGAACAUCGCGCCGGGGUCCAAGAUUGCGGCGACUGCCACUUGCGGGGAGGACGGAUCGGGCAGGCCGAGGUUAGACCUCUACUGUAAGCUAGUGGGAGGACCAGCUGCCGGAGUCUCCAGCCAGACGAUUCAGGGGCAAUUCUGUGAUCACUGUCUAUCUGAUGAUGCAUACAAAGCUCAUGCAAUCACCAAUGCCAUCGAUGGUACUGAGCGCUGGUGGCAAAGUCCGCCCCUUUCACGUGGACUGUACUACAAUCAAGUCAAUGUCACUCUGGAUUUCGGUCAGCUUUUUCAUGUGGCUUAUAUUCUUAUAAAGUUUGCUAAUUCUCCACGUCCUGACCUUUGGGUGCUUGAGAGAUCAGUUGACUUUGGAAGAUCCUACAGUCCGUGGCAGUACUUCGCUCAUUCCAAACGCGAUUGUGAAGAUUUAUUUAGAACACAUGCCCGUGAGAGGAUUACACGAGAUGAUGAUGUUAUCUGCACUACAGAAUAUUCCCGGAUUUUACCUCUUGAGAAUGGCGAGAUUGUUAUAUCUUUGGUGAAUGGUCGUCCAGGAUCCACAAACUUCAAUGAUUCUCCUGUCUUAAGAGAAUUCACAAAGGCUACAAACAUCCGACUACGAUUUCUUAGGACCAACACUUUAUUGGGUCAUCUAAUUUCCAAGACUCAAAAGGAUCCCACAGUCACUCGAAGGUAUUACUAUAGCAUCAAGGACAUCAGUGUUGGAGGCCGAUGUGUUUGCAAUGGGCAUGCUGACAGUUGUCAGGCAAAGAACCCAGAAAACCCAUUCCAGUUGCAGUGUGAGUGCCAGCAUAACACAUGUGGAAUAUCAUGUGACCGGUGUUGCCCUGGAUAUAGUCAGAAACAAUGGCAACCAGCCACUACUUCAUCUGCAAAUGAAUGUGAACAGUGUAAUUGCCAUGGGCAUGCCACAGAUUGUUACUAUGAUGCUGAAGUCAGCCGGCGCAGAGUAAGCAUGAACAGCUACGGGCGUUAUGAAGGUGGAGGUGUUUGCUUGAACUGCCAGCACAACACAGCGGGAAUAAACUGUGAACGAUGUGCUCCAUUUUACUAUCGACCAUCUGGCAUUCCAAAAGAGGCAGUGGAUGGCUGUUUACCCUGCAGGUGUAACCCUGAAUUUGCAGAUGGAUGUGAUGGAUCAACAGGUCUGUGUCGCUGCAAACCGCAGUACAGUGGUGAACACUGUGACAGAUGUUCUCGGGGAUACUACAGCUUCCCUCAGUGUGGUUAUGUUCCAGUUCAUUCCACAGCCAGUCCAGUAACUGUAGUCCCAUCAGCUGGAGAUUUCCAAAAUUGUAAAUGUAAUGUGCAGGGCACAGUGGCAAAUACCUGUCACAUAGACCCUCAUACUCAGCGUUGUGAUUGCAAACCACACUACACUGGUCCAUACUGUACUCACUGUGCCACAGGAUAUUUUGGGAAUUACUGUCAACAAUGUCAGUGUUACAGUGCUGGAGUGACAAAUCAAGUGUGUGAUCCAAACACAGGACAGUGUUUGUGUCGAAAUGGAUUUCAAGGUUAUUUUUGUGAAAGCUGCUCAACAGGAUAUUUUCGGUUCCCCUACUGUGAGCCAUGUCGGUGUAACAAUGUUGGAACGCUACCUGAACGCUGUGAUGACUCAGGGAGGUGUCUCUGUCGGGCAGAAUUUGCGGGCAAUCAGUGUGAUCAAUGUCGCCCAGGAUAUCAUUCAUUCCCACGGUGUCAAGCCUGUUCCUGUAACCAAAUAGGAUCGAUAAAUAACAACUGUGACACUAUUGGACGCUGUCGCUGUCGUCCAAACUUCACAGGACCAACAUGUUCCCACUGUGCGCCUGGUUACUAUGGUUAUCCCACUUGUUUGUCAUGUGAGUGCUCUGCUGAUGGUUCUUACAAUGCUGAAUGUGAUCAGACCACUGGGAAAUGUAACUGCCGGCCACGAGUUACUGGACAACGUUGUGAUACUUGUGUGACAGGAGCAUACAACUUCCCUGCUUGUCAAGUUACUGACUGCAAUUUAGCUGGCACAGUGACUCAUGAUCCUUCCUCCCAGUCUGGGUCCUGUCAGUGCCUGGCAAAUGUCAAGGGAUCAAAAUGCGAUCAGUGUAAGUCACUCUACUGGAACCUGGCUGAGGAGAAUCCUGAUGGUUGCAUUGAAUGUCGCUGUAACGUGAUUGGCACAAUUAGUGGGAUUGGAGAAUGCAACCAGGAUGAUGGCCAUUGCUACUGUAAAUCUAAUGUAUGUGAUGAGCUCUGUGAUUGGUGCAAGGAAGGACACUAUGCUUUAGAAGAGAGGCACUAUUUUGGUUGUCAAGGCUGCCAGUGUGACAUUGGAGGUUCUACUAAUCUAACAUGCAAUAUGUUGUCAGGGGCCUGCCAAUGCAGACCAAAUGUGAAGGGGCGUACUUGCAAUGAGCCACUUCGCAACCACUAUUUCCCAGAUCUUCACCACCUGAAGUAUGAAAUUGAAGAUGGCACUACACCCAAUGGAAGAGCUGUUCGGUUUGGAUUUGAUCCACAGGAGUUCCUGAACUUCAGUUGGAGAGGCUAUGCGCAAAUGUCAUCUGUGCAAAAUAACGUGAGGGUAACAGUGCAUGUGGAGAAUAGAAACCUCAAUUUGUUCCGCAUCGCCUUCAGAUAUAUUAACCCCGGAUUCACUACUGUGUACGGCCAUGUAGCAAUUUACCGAGCACAACCAAGCACAGUGUUACCCCAGGCAAAAGAAAUUAUCUUUGCUCGAAGUAAAGAGCCAUCUUUUGUUACGGUCGCAAGGAGUAACUAUGGUGACCCUUUCCCACUCACACCUGGGACUUGGACUGUCAACAUCGAGGCAGAAGGAGUACUUCUGGAUUAUCUGAUUCUUCUGCCCAGUGAUUAUUAUGAAGCUCCGAUUCUGCAGUUACAAGUGACAGAUCCCUGUACUUAUGCAGCUAAUCCUGAACAAGUGGGAAAAAACUGCUUGUUAUACAAAUAUCUUCCUUUGGAUAUCUUCCCCUCGGCUGGAGCAGAUGAUGGCAUAUACACUGUGGAUGGCAAACAGCAAUCUUCGGUUCAAAUACCAACCUCCCACCGGACAAGGAUGGCUGUUCUCACUGGCAGACAGGUUCGGCUACAGUUUAGAAUUAAGAUUCCUGAACCAGACCAAUAUGUUUUUGUACUUGAAUAUGCCAAUGAAGAUGAGAGACUGCAUAAGCUUAAUGUGGCAGUACCCAAUCCACUUGGAGUAACUACACAAGGGACAUUUAAUCUGUACAGCUGCAAAUACAGUUUCUUUUGUCGGAGUGUUGCAAUUGACUCACAGAAUCGCAUUGCAGCCUUUGAUCUGCUUUCUUAUGCUGAUCUCCUUCUGCAUGGUACAUCAAUCAGUUUUUUACUGCACAAAGUUUAUUUAGUACCUUUUAAAGAGUUCUGCACUGAACAUGUGGAGCCUAAAAUGCACUGCAUCGGCACCCAUGGCCCCAUCACCAACAGGAGCUCAUGUGUUGCAUCCAAGUAUGAAAUACCCGUGUCAUCAGUGAAGGUGAAAGAUGGACACCUUUCAACUACAGACCUUUCUUCACAACCUGACCUAUCUAAAGAUCCACAGCUCCUAACCCAGCGCCCUCCAACCAUGGUGGAACCAGGAGAUAUUAUUUUACUAACAUCACCAAAGAAUCAGAUUACCUUCAAAACAAGAGUGCCAAAUGAAGGCAAACACGUGAUAUUGGUGCAUUUUUAUCAGCCUUUGUACCCAACAUUCCCAGUAGGGGUGAUGGUGGAUGGAGGUCGUCCCUAUAAUGGAUUUUUUAGUGCUUUCUUCUGUCCACAUGGGUUUGGGUGUCGCAACCAGGUCAUUUCAGGGAAUACAAUAGAAUUGGAUAUAAUCAAUCCAGAGUUGUCCGUCAUUCUUACUGUUCCAAAAGGAAACGCCCUUUGGUUGGACUAUAUCUUAAUUGUUCCUUCAGAAAGUUAUGAUCCUGACUUACGAAAUGAAAAGCCUUUGGAUAAGUCAUUUGAUUUCAUUACUGCCUGUGGUGGAAAUAGCUUUUUCAUCAACCCAGCUACAUCAUCCAGAUUCUGCCUGGACUCAGCUAAGUCACUGGUGGCAUUCUACAAUAAUGGAGCUCUCCCUUGCCAGUGUAAUGGAAAAGGUGCUACUAGUCCUGCAUGCAAUCCAUUUGGAGGCCAGUGUUCCUGCAGGCCAAAUGUUAUUGGGCGUCAAUGUAACAAAUGUGCCACUGGCUAUUUUAAGUUCCCCAAUUGUCGACCCUGCAAUUGUGGCAAACGCCUGUGUGAUGAGGUCACAGGUCAAUGCAUCUGCCCUCCCCAGACUGUUAAACCUUCGUGCGAGACAUGUGAGAAACAGACCUUCAGUUACCAUCCUCUAAUGGGCUGUGCAAAGUGCAACUGCUCACGAGAAGGAAUCAUUAAACCUGCAAACCCAGACUGCAACCGACAAACUGGGCAGUGUCGAUGCAAAUCAAAAGUAACAGGUCGCCAGUGUGACCGCUGUUCCAUCGGUUACUCCCGUUACCCCGAUUGCAUUCGCUGUAACUGUAACCGUGAAGCAACACAGCCAAGUGUGUGUGAUCCCAUAACUGGACAGUGUCUUUGUAAGGAGAAUGUAAUUGGUGCACAGUGUGAUAUCUGUCGACCUGGUUCAUUCUAUCUCGAUCCAGCCAAUCCCAAAGGCUGCACCAGCUGCUUUUGCUUUGGAAUAACGAAUGAGUGUCGAAGUUCUGAUAAGUCCAGGACUAAACAUAUGCAAAUGAAGAAAUGGAAGUUACUCACUGGGAAUAAACAGAGCAUUCCAGUUGUUUAUAACCAACAGAGUAAUACUGUCGUUGCUGAUGUACAAGAACUACCUGAUGUUAUUCGUGAUUUAUACUGGCUAGCCCCAGAGUCCUACCUGGGAGACAAGGUCUCUUCAUAUGGUGGCCUCCUAACAUACCAAAUAAAAUCCUUUGGCUUACCAAGUGAAGGGAUGACUUUACUUGAGAAAAGGUCUGACGUUGAAUUGAGAGGUGAACAAAUGACUAUUGUAUAUUUUGAUCCACGGAAUCCACUUCCAGAUCGAGUUUAUCAUGGACAAGUCCAGCUUUUAGAGGAUAACUUUCGACAUGCUAUCAUUAACAGUCCAGUAACUAGGGAAGAUUUCAUGCUUUUGUUGAGCAAUUUGGAGGAACUACACAUUAGAGCACUUUAUUACUCACAAACACAACGCCUUUCCCUCGGUCAAGUUCAACUUGAGGAAGCCUCUGUUUCCGGAACUGGAAAUCCUGCUACUAAUGUGGAAGUGUGCUCAUGUCCUCCUAACUACUUGGGAGAUUCCUGCCAGAAAUGUGCCAUUGGAUACUACAGAGAUUGGAAUGGCUUCUUCUCGGGGCGCUGUGUACCUUGUCGCUGUCAUGGACAUUCAAAACAAUGUGCAGACCGAUCUGGAAGAUGUAUUGAUUGUAAACAUAACACAGAAGGAGAUCACUGUGAACGAUGUAAAUCUGGAUUCUUUGGAAACGCUGCCCGAGGUACCUGCAGUCCCUGUCCUUGUCCAUACACACAACCCUCCAACAACUUUGCCACACGAUGUGGCGAGAUUAAUGGUGCCUUUCAGUGUAUGUGUAAACCGGGCUAUACUGGAUCAAGAUGUGAGAGGUGUGCUCCAGGUUAUUUUGGAAAUCCUUUGGAGAUAGGAAGUGAAUGUAGACCUUGUCAGUGCGGACAUUCAAGUUCUACAAGUUGUGACCCAUUGACCGGCCAAUGCAGCAACUGCCAAGACUGCACAAAUGAAGAACCCAAGGAUACUAGUUCUGAUGAGAAGUGUGACACCUGUGACAGUUGCGUUGAAGCUCUGUUGCUUGACUUGAACAAAAUGGAUUCCGAUCUGCAUAAGAUCAAACUCCAGCUUCAAAAUGCGAACACAAGCACUGCUACACAGCAUCGCAUGAACAACUUAGACAAGUCCAUCAAAAACACUGAGAAUCAGUUAAAGGUGUAUCAGGCCACUGUGGAGCGGCACAUAAAAAGGACUGAUGACUUGGAAAAUGACAACAUGAAUCUCAUUCAAGAUGUCCUUGCGCUCGAGGAAAAGGCAGAAAAGGAUUCUCGAACUACUCAACUGUUACUCUCUUCAAUCAAUGUGACCCAUCAACGUGCACAAGACAUGGUGACAAAUAUAGAAAACGUGUUGUUGAAGAUCUUGGAAAUGUUGAAGACCAUGAACACCCUUGAUUCCUCAUCUGGCACUGCACCCAAGUUAGAUGAGGUAAGACGGAUGCUCAAUGAAAUGAGAAACCGUAACUUUGAUGAGGAGAGAAGAGUGGCUGACAGGGAGAAUCAAGAGUCAAAGAUAUUGCUUGACCGUAUUAAGAAUGGAUUUGUAAAAAAUAUUGAAGAGAACAAACAACUCGCAAGUAAUAUAACGGAUGCACUAAGUUUAUAUCAGACUAAACUAAUGGAUCUUCAAGAUGCGAUAACUGAAGCAGCCAAUCUAACUCAAAAAGCCGAAAACCUCAACGGAAUUAAUUCUAUUUCACUGGACAAUAUUAAGAAUCAACAUGGUAAACUAAAUAUUAAGCAGGCGGAGGUUGCAAGUUUGCUUAAAAUGGCAGAUGUCACCCUUAAUAAUCUGAACAACAUGCUCCGGAUGUUGGAUAAGAGCCAGGAGGAUUAUGAAAAACACGGAGCUCAAUUAGAUGGAGCCUUAUCAUCACUUGAAGACAAAAUUAAAAAGCUCUCAAAUGCUAACAGCAAGGAGCCCAUUGUGGUUAGUGCUGAGAGACAUGCUGAAAACCUGGAUCAACUGUCAAAGAAACUCCAGAGAGCAAUAGAAGAAGUGAACCAAGAUUCCUUAAUCCAACGUGUAGUCGAUGCUUCAGAUGCCUACGAGAAGAUAAUCAAUGCAGUGGAUGCAGCAGAGAUGGCAGCCAACAAGGCAGCAAAUGCAUCACAUAUUGCCUUGCAGGCUGUGGUGAAGGAGGAUUUGCCUGGCCAAGCAUCUGAAUUAAAAACCAAAAGCGAUGACAUUUUUUCCACGACGAAUGGAUUGAACAGUAACUUCAAAGAUGUUUCAUCAAAGCUCAGAGAUGCAACUAAUCGCCUCAACAAUGCAAAAUCGAAGAAGAACAAAUUACAGCCUGAUCUUAUUCCACUUCAGGCCAAAAUUCAACAAAUAAAUAGAGAUGAUGUUGGUGAGACUUUAGACAUGGCAAAAGAUGCAGCUAAAGAAGCAAAUGAUACUGCAAAUAGAGUGAUGUCUAAACUGCAGCCAAUAAUUGAUGAUAUAAAAAACCUCAACAAGUCAUCAGAGAAUAUUGGAAAUGCUACAGCUAUUAACAUAGCUUUAAGGGAGGCUGAAAAUUCAGUAAAAAAUUUGACUAAUACGCUACCAGACCUCGUGAAGAAGCUAAAGGAUUUAAGCCAAAUACAACCUGUCAAUAACAUCUCUAAGAAUAUAGGCCGAAUCAGGGAACUCAUUGAUCAGGCCAGGGAAGCUGCUAAUAAGAUAAAUGUGGCAAUGAAGUUCAAUGGUAAUUCUGGUGUUGAAGUACGUCUUCCUGAUAAUCUUGAUCACUUAAAACCUUACACAUCUUUACUGUUAUACCUCAAACGGCCAAUUGUCCGAGGAGAUGCUGGAAGGCGUAAGAGGCAGGAUGCAACAAACAUGUUUGUUUUGUAUUUAGGUAACAAAAAUACAUCCAAAGAUUACAUGGGCAUGGCAUUGCAGGGUGAGAAACUAGUAACUGUCUAUAAACUAGCAAAUGAUGAAGCUAAAAUAAUCUCUGAGAAAACCAUCAAUAAAGAAAGCUUCGAUAUUGUCAAAUUUGAAAGGAUCCUACAGUAUGGCAGCUUAAACUAUAGCCAAGUCAGUUCCACCGUGCAGAAACGUAUUGACAGCGUCUUAUCUAACGUAACCGCAAGUGGAGAUGGCUUGCUACUUAAUCUUGAUCCAAAGAAUACAGUCUUCUAUGUUGGAGGAUUUCCCCCCACCUUUGUGCCUCCAGCUGCCUUAGAUUAUCCAAAGUAUAAGGGUUGCAUUGAACUUGGUGUCUUGAACGAGAAACUGAUCAGUUUAUACAACUUUGAACAAAUAUUCAACAUCAAUACAACAGAAGACAAACCAUGUCAAAGAUAUAAGCCACGAGGAAACGAAGGCUUUUAUUUUGAUGGAACUGGAUAUGCACUAAUUAAAUUGUCUGGUCGUGCACAAAACUUAGCAAUUGAACAAACGAUUCAAACUUUGAGUAAAAAUGCUGUGCUGUUAUAUUUGGAGAGCAAGGAUUCAAGCUGUGUUCUCACAAUUGAAGAUGGAAGGUUGGUGUUCAGAUAUGACCUCAAAUCCAGUGCACCCAAGAUUUCCCAAUCAUCAGUCCUCCUAAACACCAGCAACGAGAUUGUGAUAAGAGUCAGAAUGCUCAAUUCGAAAAAACGUACUGCUGUGAUAGUCAACGGUGUCAAUGCUGUGUAUGUGAAUAAUACUUUCAGUCAGUUGGAUUUCCAUAACUAUUACCUUGGAGGAAUACCAUCACAGAUUAAGGAACGAUUGAACAUUCCUGUAAAAACAUCAGUGAGGGCCUGUAUGAAAAAUCUGAAAGCUGAUGAAAGGAACAUUGAUCUGUCCAAUGAGCCGAUUGUUGGUGUUAGCAAAGGAUGCUCAGAAUCACUCCUGCUGGUCCGUACUGCCUACUUUAAUGGCAGUGGGUUAUUGGGACUUCCUGCAUCUGAUUUGGCUUUCCCCGAAAACUUCCACAUUGGAUUUGGUUUUACAACAAGUCAGUUGAACGGUCUACUGUUCUCUUAUGAAAAGAAUAACUUUGAAGUUUUCCUGGAAAAUGGUAAAGUGACAGUUAAUUUACUGGGCAAAGUCCUAAAGUCUGGAAGCUCCUUCAAUGAUGGUGCCAACCACUAUGUAUCAAUCCAGAGGAGAGGAAAUCAUGUCUAUCUGAAUGUGGAUGAUAUUGAAAAGCAGGAAGCACGAAUACAAUUGGACCAGCCUGGAACAAAUGGUUUGGUUUAUCUGGGUGGGGACAAAGACAGAAGGAAUUUUGAUGGCUGCAUCAGCAAUGUCUUUCUACAAAGGAGCAGUAAAUCACCCAGAAUUGAAAAUUUGGCAUUUUCAGUUGAGGACUCCGGAGUGUACCUUGACACCUGUCCCCAGCAGAGAGCACCAGAAAUGCUCAUGUUGAAAGAGGGCAGAAAAUGGAAUGGUCAAGAGACAGUUAAAAUGAACAGGAAUGGAAAGAAUCAAAAAGUUAUUCCUGAUUAUUCAACUAAGGAGAAUACAGGCCAAGAAUCAAAGGACUGCCAGUUGCCAUGGCAACCAAAAUCAGUCAGUGGCGCCUACCAAUUUGGCGAUUCACCAGACAGCAGAUUGGAAUAUGACUUUGUCCCUGAAUCAUUUAAAGAGAGGUCAACAUUCUCCAUCGACGUGCGAACAGUUGCAACAGAAGGAACCAUCUUUUAUGUAGCAGAUAAGUCAGGGAAAUCCUCCAUGAUACUUUACGUUUCGAGAGGUCGUUUCAUCUUUUCCUUUACUGUUAAUGAGAAGAAACUGAAAAUUAAGAGCAAAGUUAAGCACAAUGAUGGAAAGUGGCAUACAGUGGUGUUUAGCAGAGAAAAUAAUAAAGGAAAGCUCAUUAUUGAUGGACUUCGGACACGACAUGCCAGUAUUAGCGAUAGUGCACUCUUGAAAGUUGAAUCUCCAUUCUAUUUGGGUGGAUUACCAUCAGGCAAAAAGCGACGCAAUAGGAAGCUACAUGGUUUUCAGGGAUGUCUAAGAAACUUCAAAAUGGAUGGUAGUGAACUGCAUUCUCCACUGCGCACAUUUGGAGUCACACCAUGUUUCGACGGCAAGUUUAAGCAAGGGGUCUAUUUCUCAGCCAAAGGAGGAUAUGUUGUUUUAGAUAACUCAUUUGUGGUGGGCAAGGACUUUGAGCUCCUGUUUGCAGUGCGCCCUCAAAGCCAGACUGGAAUCCUCUUUCAUAUCAACAGCUCUCAAGGAAAUUAUCUCAGUCUAUAUAUGUACAAGGGAAAGGUUACAGUCCACGUAAACAAUGGAGCUGGUGAUUUCAACACAUCGGUCACACCUCAGUCACUGUGUGAUGGACAAUGGCAUAGAAUAGUAGUAAUUAAGAGAAAUAAUGUGGUGCAACUUGAUGUGGACACAGAACGUGACCAUGUUGUAGGACCUGCUGCUUCACUUUCCACUGAUACUGCCGACCCUCUCUAUGUCGGUGGCAUCCCAGAUAAUGUACAGUUACCUCAUUUGCCAACUCGCAAUCCAUUCAUUGGCUGCAUGGGGGAAGUAGUGAUCAACAUGAAGCCAGUAUCAUUCAAGAAAGCAGUGGCAGUUCAUGGUGCUGUUAGUGUGACUCGGUGUCCUGUCAUGUAAAUCCAGCUACUGUUUGUAACCGCAAAGAUGUUUUAAUCUUCCUGCACUUGAUUGUAAUAGACAACUAAACCACUGUCAAAAUGCAGAAUAAUUAAUUUAUUGUAACUUGGACUUUGCAUUUUUCUCAUUUCAGUCAAUUGAAUUUGACACAUUUAUGGUUUGGCUUUUCAUAACAGCAAUUUUUACAAUUAAAAGAACAAUGACCCACUAACAUUUUGAAACGCAAUGCAAAUAUUUUAUUCCUAAUUGGUGCUAUAUACUGUGGGGCCAAAUAAAUUACUAAAAUUUGCUGCUAAUUUUAUAUUUUCAUACUUGAAUAAUUAAAUGCUAAACAUAUUUCUAAAAUAAACAUGAUUCAACCAUCAUUAUUAAAAGCCUUUCAAAUUGUUUUUGGAGAGUAAAUGAUCUUCUAGAAAGGGAAUGUUUUCCCCCACGCAUCAUCCGAUUGGAAACACAGGCAAGGUUCGACGCAGACACAAAUAUAGAUUAUAUUUCUUCCUGUGAGCAUCUGUCGGACUCUUGAAGUGGUCUUAUGAGUAGCAAUGUAGUAGAUUGGAACCCGGGACUUGUAUCUCUGGCAGUAUACAUUGAUAGUCCAAUGAAAUUUCUACUAAAAUAAGAUUUUAAAAAAAUAGGGCCAUGAUGAGGCCAUAUUUCUCAUCAUGCCUCCACCAUUCAAUAAGAUCAUGCAUGAUUUCCCUUAACUCCACUGUCUUGCCCUAUCAACAUAUUCCUCGAUCCCCAAAAAUUUCAUCAACCCCCCACUUAUCACCUCCAAUAUUCACUUACUUCAUUACCAAUGCACAGUGGUGCAAUCUGCCAGGUGCACUAUAAUAACUCACCCAAGACCCCUGCAACAGCACCUUCCAAAUCUGUGACCUCCACCACAUAGAAAGUCAAGGGUAGUAGAUACAUGGGAACACCACCAAAAAGAGACACACUAUCCUUAAUUGGAACUGUAUCAUUACCUCUUUGCUGUUGCUGGGUCAGAAUCCUGAAACUCACAUCGUAACAGCACUGUGGUAUCCCGACACUGUAGCAAUAUAAGAAGACAGCUCAUCACCAUGUUCUCCUGGGCAAUUAGGGAUGGCCUGGUCAGCAACAACGUUUUUAAUAAUCCAUCUUGAAUCUCUCAAACGAUGGAGCAUCAGUGGCUAGCACUGCUGCCUCACAGUGCCAGAUACCCGGGUUCAAUUUCCGCCUCAAGCGACUCUCUGUGUGGAGAUUGCACAUUCUCCCCGUGUCUGCGUGGGUUUCCUUUGGGUGCUCCGGUUUCCUCCCACAGUCCAAAAAUGUGCAGGUUAGGUGAAUAGGCAAAGUCAAAUUGCCCGUAGUGUUACGUGAAGGAAUAAAUGUAGGAGAAUGGGUCUGGGUGGGUUGCGCUUCGGUGGGUCGGUGUGGACUUGUUAGGCCGAAGGGCCUGUUUCCACACUGUAAGUAAUGUAAUCUAAUCUAAUUUAAUCUAAUCUAUACCCUCUGGUUGACAAUUCCAAAGACUAGGCAAAGGACUAGGUUAAAAUGCUAUCCCAUAUUCCCAAUUCCUCUGCCUCUGCUGCAUCUGCUCCCAGGAGGACCAGUUCCACCACAGAACACAUCAGACGGCCUCUUUCUUUAAAUACUGCUAUUUCCCCCUCCCCCACCUUAUCCCAGAUCCAACCUUCCAACUCAGCACUGCCCUCAUGCUCUCUCCUACCUAUCCAUCUUCCUUUCCACCUAUCCACUCCACCCUCCUCUCUGACCUAUCACCAUUACCCCCACCUCCACUUACCUAUUGCACUCUCAGCUACCUGCCCCCCAGCCCCACCCCCCUCCCAUUUAUCUCACCGUCCCCUCGGCUCACAACCUAUUCCUGAUGAAGUGUUUUUGUCCCAAAAUGUCGACUCUCUUGCUCCUCGGAUGCUGCCUGACCUACCGGUACCACACUCUCAAUUCACUCUAACAACAGUCUGAGUGAUUAGGUUUUUCUCAUCUUGUUCAGGAUCAGUGGUGCUGGAAGAGCACAGCAGUUCAGGCAGCAUCCAACGAGCAGCGAAAUCGACACCCCUCCAACCGUAACAAGGACAGAAUGCCCCUGGUGCUCACCUUCCACCCUACAAACCUUCGCAUAAACCAAAUCAUCCCCCGACAUUUCCGCCACCUCCAAAAAGACCCCACCACCAGGGAUAUAUUUCCCUCCCCACCUCUUUCCGCCUUCCGCAAAGACUGUUCCCUCCGUGACUACCUGGUCAGGUCCAUGCCCCCCUACGACCCACCCUCCCAUCCUGGCACUUUCCCCUGUCACCACAGGAACUGUAAAACCUGUGUCCACACCUCCUCCCGCACCUCUAUCCAAGGCCCUAAAGGAACCUUCCAUAUCCAUCAAAGUUUUACCUGCACAUCCACUAAUAUCAUUUAUUGUAUCCGUUGCUCCCGAUGUGGUCUCCUCUACUUUGGGGAGACUGGGCGCCUCCUAGCAGAGUGCUUUAGGGAACAUCUCCGAGACACCCGCACCAAUCAACCACACUGCCCCAUGGCCCAACAUUUCAACUCCCCCUCCCACUCUGCCGAGGACAUGGAGGUCCUGGGCCUCCUUCACCGCCGCUCCCUCACCACCAGACGCCUGGAGGAAGAACGCCUCAUCUUCCGCCUCAGAACACUUCAACCCCAAGGCAUCAAUGUAAACUUCAACAGCUUCCUCAUUUCCCCUUCCCCCACCUCAUCCUAGUUUCAAACUUCCAGCUCAGCACUGUCCCCAUGACUUGUCCGGAGUUGAACGACCUGCCUAGUUCCUUUUCCACCUCUCCACUCCACCAUCUCCUCCCUAACCUAUCACCUUCAUCUCCUCCCCCACUCACCCAUUGUACUCUAUGCUACUCUCUCCCCACCCCCACCCUCCUGUAGCUUAUCUCUCCAUGCUUCCGGCUCACUGCCUUUAUUCCUGAUGAAGGGCUUUUGCCCGAAACGUCGAUUUCGCUGCUCGUUGGAUGCUGCCUGAACUGCUGUGCUCUUCCAGCACCACUGAUCCAGAAUCUGGUUUCCAGCAUCUGCAGUCAUUGUUUUCACCUUUUUUCUCAUCUUGUGCCCAUCAAGUCAGUCCUGGUCAAAAACAACCACCUGACUAUUAUAAUUGCAAUUUCCUGCAAUGGCCCGUAGCCUAGUUUGCCUUGGCACUGCAGAUGCACAUUUAAAUAUUCUUUAAAAAACAUUCAACAACCAACGCCCCUUCUCCUCCCCCAGCCCACCCAAGAAUUCUGAAAUUCAGGCCAGACUGCUUUAUGGAGGAUGGUGAGAACAUGGCAAUCUGAUGGAGUGGUUGAAGUGACUAGUAUUGAUGCAUUUAAGAGUAAGUUACAUAAAUACAUGAGAGAAAGGAAUGGAAGACUGUGCCACUUGGGUAAGAUUAACUAAGGCAUGGGACAAACAUCACAAUAGAUUAGUUGUGUCAAAAUGCCUCUUGUGCUGUAAGUACUUUGUAAUUAUAUUUAAACAGAAACUCAUAUUAAAUAAAAAUGCCUAACAUAGUUAGCAGGCAAUAAGAAUCUGAAGAGAAUUAAUAGAUUAACAUUUUAGAUAGAGAGGCUAGGGGAAAUUCUAACCUGACCCAUCCAUCAGGAAGCUGUUGGGAAUGGAUGAAAGAUUGUCUCCCAACUCCACUGUCCCGCCUUGUCCACAUAACCCUUCAUUCCCUCGUGUCACUCUCCACUGAAGUCCAUAUUGGGCAGGAUAUAGAACCGAUAUUCCCCUCGACAGGCUGAAUUAAAAUGCCUCUCCUUUGUGUGAACAUCAGCUACAGUAUUUACCAAAAACAACAAACACACCAACCUACACAGAUGCAAUUGUUAUUCUUGAAACAUGAUUGGUCUCGAUUCAUUUUAGUCCUCUCCUCUGACACAUUUCUGUAGAGGAGUGUGUUGCGACUGUAUAAUACAUCUCUAGUUUUAGUCUCAUAUUUACCUGGGAGUUUCAGAAAGAGUACUACAUUUCUGAGAACAUAUUGAAGGAUUCACAUGAUCACACGCUAUAAUGCUACCAUGUUACUUUUUGUUGAAGCUUAUUGUGCACAAAUUGCCUGCUGUGUCUCUGACUUAACAACUUUGCAAGAAACAUCGGACAAGAUUUUAACUUGCCCAAAAUAAUUAAAAGUUAAAAUCUUCAAAACCACUGAACUGUCUGAAUGCUUGUUCUUUUGUACUGCUCCCAGGUUGGUAUCAGUAGGAAGAGAUUAGCAACUGAUAAGGAAUAAACAGCCUUGACAAAUGAAUGAACUAGUGGCCAAUAAUGAACUCCAUGUGUAGGAAAAGAGAGGGUUAACACUAUAUGGAUAGAUUUAAAUCCCAGCUGCCUAAUUGAAACCGGUCAUGUGGGCAGUUGGCAAUAAGCAGGUCAUGUCAGCUCAGGGAGAGAAUAAGGCACGUGGCUAGAGCCAUUUUAAUUGCAGUUUGAGACUUCCUGCGGACUCCUCUAGUAAAGACAUAGCCUGUGUUCCCAUCAGCCCUACUUAAGUCUGCAAGAACCAACAACCCUCUUUAAGUCCACACUGACCACCUAAUCAUUGCUUGCAAAUAUUGAGUCCCCUCCAACUUCAGCCUUGCUUCAGGUGGGAAAACAAGGUUGGAGUAAUUCAGUGAAUUUCAGUGGUUCAAAUGACUAUAGGUUUCCUGCCUGUGCUAAGAAUUGAAAUCCAUUGCUGCAAAGCCCAUUCUAGCUAAAAAUCUGCUUCAAACUCUGUUAUAAUAAAACAUCUGAGAGAGAAAAUGUGCAAUUACAUAGCAUUUUUCAUCUCCUCAAACCAUAUUAUAACCAAUUAAGGCUUUCCAAGUAUAAUUACUGUCUACUAGAUAUAUGACGGCUCCAAUAUCAUUGCUUAAUUAGAAAAUCAUCAAAACUAAUUAGCAAUAAAGUGUCACACCUUUCAGGGUAACAUUUAAAACAAUACUUACUUUUUAUUUGCAAUUCAUAAAGAAAGAUAAUUAUUUCUAAAGAAUGCAUAUCAUAAUGGUUUAUGAUUUGUUCAUAACAGUAUUAGUAAGGAGAACCCCAUAUUAUUCUCAAACUUGAAUGAAGUGCCCUCCAAAGCUGCCUCCUGAUUAUUUGAGUUCAUCCAAAUUUUGCCUGUCACUGCUUCGCAAAUUGUGGGAAUAUGGAAGCUUCUAACUCAUUGCAACUGUUGUUGCAAUGUAAUGUUAACCAUUUACUUUCAAUGUCAUGUCUUCUCCAUAUCAGACAGAACUUUGUCAUGCAACCAUUUUAAAUAUUCACUUUUAG